AAGGAGUUUCCAGUAGGUAGCCGCUCUGACUGGUCGAAGAUGCAGAUUCCAAGGAAAUGACAGCUCUGCUGUCUGGUGUCGUCACUGAUCAACAGAUGCCUUCACCAUGAUGCUGAGCUGCAGUGCCCUGGUCGUCGCCCUUCUGCUGUCCCAGGCUGGCGGCUUCUUGAACCCCUUGGAGGACGACGGUGUCCCUGAUGAUUGGGUGCUGCUUCAUGUGGUUCAGGACCACAUCGGGGCUGGAAAUUACAGCUACCUACGCCUCAACCACGAUGGCAGAAUCAUCCUGCACAUGCACACCAUCAAAGGGGACGCCGACUUGUAUGUGUCGGACAAAACCCUGCGGCCGAGUUUUGAUACAUACAAGCUGCAGUCAGUCACCUGUGGUCAAAACGUUGUGGUGGUGCCGGGGGACUUUUCAAGGCCCGUGGGCAUCGGCAUUUAUGGCCACCCAUCUCACCAAGAGAGUGAGUUUGAAAUGCAGGUGUUCUAUGAUCAGAUGGUGCCUCAGGACCCGUUUGAUAAGGGCUCGUACCCCUCAGAAGAUGGACAGAAACAUAAAAAAUCCCCGCAGGCUCCAGAGGAGGACUUUCAAGAAGAGGAAUCAAUCUUUUGGACAAUUCUGAUUGGACUUUUGAAGAUUAUAGUUGAAAUUUUGUUUUGAAAAUUGUUCCACUUUUGCUGCUUUAUCAGAA